CUCUUCUAAUCUCUCUCUCUCUCUCUCUCUCUCUCUCUCUCUCUCUCUCUCUCUCUCAAUUUGUGUGAUCAUCCUUUGAAACAUUACUAAGAAGUUUUAGCUCACCCAGGUCUUCAUUCCUAGACCGCCGCUGGUGAGCCCACAAAGGUCCAUUCCUCAUCUCGUUGUCAAUUUCAACUUGCAUUUAAAGCAGAUAUGAAAGCUAUUCUUCAAAAUCCACCUUCGUACUACAUGGCCCGUCAAGCACUUCACCAACCGAGUUGGAGCUUAUUGUCAGGAGGCUCCCUUGUUUCAUUCACUAGAGGGCAUAACUUGGUGCGGCGGAGCUCACGGCUUCAGUCACCAUCAACUUCACGCAAUCUAGUUGUUAAGGCGGUUGCUACUCCAAAUUCAGCUCUGGAAUUACCGUUGACUGCAGAAAAUGUGGAAAGUGUAUUGGAUGAAAUCCGACCAUAUCUCAUUUCUGAUGGGGGGAAUGUGGCAUUACAUGAGAUUGAUGGUAAUGUAGUACGGUUAAAGCUACAAGGAGCAUGUGGGUCAUGUCCGAGCUCUGUUAUGACAAUGAAAAUGGGUAUUGAGCGUCGUUUAAUGGAAAAAAUUCCUGAAAUAGUUGCUGUGGAACCAAUAGCAGAUGAAGAAACAGGCCUUGAGCUGAAUGAAGAAAAUAUAGAGAAGGUACUUGAAGAAAUUAGACCCUACUUAGUAGGGGAAGCAGGUGGAUCUCUAGAACUUGUUGCAAUUGAAGAGCCUAUAGUCAAAGUCCGGAUAACCGGUCCUGCUGCCGGGGUGAUGACUGUUAGAGUUGCAGUCACACAGAAAUUGCGUGAAAAAAUCCCUACCAUUGCAGCAGUUCAACUACUGUAAAGUAAGAAUCUCUUUCAAACUUGCAAGCUGGCUACUUGUACAAGCUGAGGUUGUAAUUAGUAGUAUCUGCAGUUGAGGUGAUUAAACAGAAAUUGUUUUGCACUGUAAUAUUACUUUUUCUUGAUAAAUAAAAUAUUACUAUCCUCUGAUUUUCUGUGCUUUAUUUUGAGAACAUCAACUGUCAAUUCAUAUAUACAUUAGAACCUAUAUAGGUAUCUGGUGCAUAAAUCUACCAAUGCUCAAGGCCUGCAGCAUCUGUACAAAGAGGAAAAACUUGAGAGGUUAUCCAACGGCCAUAGCAUAUAUGAUUGACUUCAUGCUCUGAGAUGUUUGGGAAGUACAAGGACAUGGAUUUGGCUGUUGAAAUCCGUGCUACCUGUACUUAGCUGGGAGAAUCUCUAAUAGAACUCAAUCAAUAUGAAAAAGCAUUGGACAAUGCAGUAUUAUCGUAAGUACAAUCCUUCACAAGAAAAUGUCAGCAGUUGUAAUAUUCAUUUCUAAGAUACCAAGAAGUUACCUUAAGCUGUUUGGGAACUGAUGCUAGAGGUAGGAGUUUACACUAGAAAAUAAACAUAUCUAUUUACUUGGAAUGGAGUCCUCCGUACUGGUGUAGUUGUUUCUUUUCUGGUGCGGGGUUGGUCUUUUGUUAUCAGAGUGCUGGCCUGUUGUUACUCUCUUGUUACUCAGCGUUUUGCUUCCAGCUCUUUAAGUGGAUUUACCAAAAAAAGAUUUAUUU